UGUUUUCCGGGUAAACCAUAAUAAGCUUUUACUGCUGAAUAGAUAUUAAAAGACGACUUUCCGUAAUGCAAUCUUCCAACAUACUUUUGAGUUCCUGCAGCUAAUUGUUAUUCCCACGUUCUGCUGAAAUGAGGGCCUGCUUCGCUCUGGCCGGUGGCCCGAAUUACUGCGUUUGUCCGUUCAGCUUUGUUUGCACACAAAGUGUUUGUCCACCCGGCCACUUUAGCUCGGACACACCAGAGUAGGUUGCUGUACGAUCGAAGGAUUAUGUACGUUUAGCAAAGACCCCCCCCUCUUUUUUUCCCUCCUCCUCAGGGCUUAGUCCUCUCAGCUGACUCGGCUUUACUCAGCACUGGGAACAACUUUCUCAAAACCCUUUUGUGGCCAGGCCCAUUUGAGCAAAAGACACAAGAGAACCACAGGUGGAAUAAAGGGAAUAAAGAAUGGUUAUAUGUUGAUAACUGCAUCUUAAAACCCCGUGCCCUGUGAAACAGCUGGGUUUGAUUGCUGAUGUUCCUUUUGUGGGUCGUUGUUAUGGAUUACCAACAUAAGGACACUGUGUGUAGAAGGACUGAGGACUGGGAGUUAUCACAAUCAAAGAGGAGGUCAGCGGUUUGGGCAAAAUGAGCGACGGUAAGACAACUCUUUGAAAUGUCCGUCAAAAUCCACCCAGAGAAAGAGCUCUCCUCGUGACGUCCGUCCAGAUUUAGUCCUAAAAACGCCGGGCUUUUGGAGGGUAUCGCUGACCAGGAUCCUUCUCCUUUCCGUUUGAGACUGAAGAUGUCUGAUCUCAGCCAGGUCUCAGUUUACUGCGACUCCUCUGAUAUUUAUAAGAAUGUUUACUGUAACCCUGCCUUUGAGCUGGCGGGGGAGCCGGCAGACAGGGUGGAGGGCUUCAGGACAUCCUCGUCAACCCCUGAACCAAUCAAACCCCCGGCAGCCAGCCCAAGCCAAGGUUUUCUGGAAGGGUGCUGGAUGCGUCUGAGGGGCAGAGGGGAUGGCUGGGGGCCAGUGGUGGUCUCUGCUGCCGUCCUGCUCCUGCUGAUAGCCGUCGGACUGGCACUGGCUCUUCUUCUCACUCAGCUGAAAGGCCAGACAGUGGACCAUCAGCCGACUACAACCUCUACAGGCCUACAGACUGCAGGACAUGAAGCCUCCCACACCUCACCCACAUCACCAUCAAACAGGAGUCCCAUACACAGCACAGCCGCACCACCGCCUGCCACCGUCCCCCAGCCUGAAAAAAGUUGCGGAGGUGUUAUGACUGACCUAGGCGACAGCUUCAGUUCCCCAAACCACCCUGGCUCCUACCCCCCGAACACGCAUUGCGUCUGGGUGAUCCAGGUUCCCCCACCUCACUUGGUUCAGAUUCGUGUCUCCUCUUUGGCCGUGGAGGGACCAUCCCCCUGCCUGUUUGACUGGUUGGAGGUCCAGGAGCAGGUGGAGCAGACCUCUGUGGUCACCAGGUUCUGUGGCGCCGUCCCCCCACCGACGAUCAACACCAACAGCAGCACCGCGUGGGUCACCUUCCACUCCGACAACAGCAUCACCGGCAGCGGCUUCGCUGCGCAGUACCGGGCUGUCCUGCCGGCACACAGGAGCUGCAGCAGAGAGGAGUUCAUGUGCGACGGUGGCCGGUGCCUGCUGCCUGUGUCCGUGUGUGACGGCUAUCCCAACUGCCUUGACCAAACAGACGAGGCAAACUGCAGCCAUAAGCACCAAGAAUGUGGUGGCCAGAGAUCUGGGCCCUAUGGUUACCUGGCAAGCCCAAAUCACCCCAGACCGUAUCCUCACCAGCAGCUGUGUGUGUGGCACAUAUCUGUUGACGAGGGCCACGUCGUCACCCUGAGCUUCAGAAACUUCAGCCUGGAGACCCAGGAUGUGUGUGAGUUCGACUAUGUGGAAGUCCACGACAGCAGCAGCGUUGGAGCCGGAGGGGUCCUGGGGAGGUUUUGCGGUACCGCCCUCCCACCAGAUCUGACCUCCUCAGGCCCCCGCAUGACGGUGGUGUUUGUGGCGGAUGAGGGCGUGGCCGACAGCGGCUUUAACGCCACGUACCAGGCUGUGUCCGUGCUGAACACAACAUGCGGCCCCGGCGAGUUUGCCUGCGGCACGGGGGAAUGCCUUCAGCAGCAGUGGCUGUGUGACGGAUGGAGCGACUGCCCGGACGGAGCCGACGAGCAGGGCUGUGGGAACUCCACCUACCCUCCUUUCACUUCGUCGUGUGAGGUCAUAGAGGUGGAGAUGUGUCAGGGCCUCAGUUACAACCUGACCUCAUUCCCCAACAUCUGGCUGUCCAUCGCUGACCAGAGAGAAGCCGCCACACGCCUGCGACAGUACCGGGUGCUAAUGGAGCUGGCGUGCUUCGAGCCUCUGAGGAAGCUGGUGUGUGGGAUGGUCGUUCCUCAGUGCAGCCCUCAGGGCGGCGUGCUGCAGCCCUGCCGCUCGGCCUGCUCCUCCGCCGAGCAGCAGUGCAGUCCGGCUCUGGGCCUCCUCUCCUUCAGCUGGCCCUUCAACUGCCACCUCUUGCCGGACUCACGAGACCCCGUGGAGUGCUCGCAGCCCUGAAGGUUUCACUGCGACGUCACCGCAAGGGCCUCACAUAUCAGCGUUUUAACCAGGAAGUAAUUGGUUGCGAGGCCUUUGAGAGAACGUAACCUUUUGCAUUUUGUCUGGACUAAAGCUGCGCGGCACUCGACUGAUCCCACGUCUCACUGGAGUCGCUGAACACCUGAAGCUAUUUCAAAUGGAACAACUUUAUACCUUUGGAAGUCAAACAAAACAAAA